GUCAAAGUUCAUAUUUUCCACGUGUCCCACAACAUGGCAGCCCGCGGUUUCUUAUAGUCAGAAGUGAAUUGCCCUUAAGCAAAUAUUAUUUGUCAGAGCUGUAAAAGCAGAAGUGAAGAACAUGACAGAUGUUGGUGACAUCCCAGUGGUAGGUUCUCCUUCACUGAAAGAGGAGAAGACAUCUGACCCCAAAGAAGAUGGGGUGAAAACAGAUGAACCCAAAGCUGAAGGUGGAGGAGAAGAAGCAGCUUCUUCCGACCCUAAUAAUCUGUACCGCUACGUCCAAGCGGACCUCUUCACCUCUGAGAUCUUCAAAGUGGAGAUCCAGAACCUUCCCAAAUUCAUCGGUUUCAACGACCUGAAGAAGUUCCUGGAGAAGCAUCGCCUUAACCCGCACAAGAUCAAACUGUUCGGGAAGCAGACGUUUGCCUUCGUCACCUUCAAGAACGAAGAGGAGAGGGACAAGGCCAUGAAGAUGGUGCACGGCAUGCAGUGGAAGGGCCGGGUGCUUAGUGUGCGCCUGGCCAAGCCCAAGGCAGACCCUAUGCUCAGGAAGAGGGGGCGGGAUGAGGCCGGGAGUGCCGGGCAGCCCCCCUCCAAGCGGCAGGAGGCAGAGGAGGACGAGGCGCCGCUCAGCAUACAGAUUGCCAACGUGGUGACGCCCCUGUGGAAUGUGCCUUAUGAGGAGCAGCUGAGGAGGAAGGAGCAGGAGGUGGAGGGGGUGCUGCAGAGACUGGCCAGAGAAAUAGGCAACACCAACAAAGCGAUGCUGCCCUGGCUGUUUGUGCAGAAGGAGAAGUACAAGAGAAUGUGUUGCCCUCUGGAAGAAAUUCGCCCAUCUCCGUCACAGGUUGAAUACAGGAACAAGUGUGAGUUUGUCAUUGGUAUUGGAGCGAAUGAAGAGGAUAAGACCAUAGGCUUCAGACUGGGGAAGUACAAAGGGGGCUCCUGUGCCGUGGUGGGACCCUCAGACAGCAUCCAUGUCACCACUGAGGCCAAGCGAGUGGUCAGUGAGUUCCAGAAAUUCAUCAGGACAACCCCAUACUCAGUGUACAGCCCUGAGACAUACGAGGGCCACUGGAAGCAGCUAACAGUGCGGACCACAAGAACCAAGCAGGCCAUGGCUAUGGUGUUCUUUAACCCACAGAAACUUGAGGAAAAAGAACUAAAUGUCCUGAAGAGCUCUAUGAAAGAGUAUUUCACAGAGGGUGACGGGAAAGAGAGUGGUGUAACCGCUCUGUACUUUGUGUCAGAGGGACAAAGGCAAUCCCCUAACCCGGAGGACUUGCCAUGUGAGCUGGUAGCUGGAGAGGAGUGUAUUCACGAGGAGCUUCUUGGCCUGAAGUUCAGGAUAUCCCCCCAUUCUUUCUUCCAGGUGAACACAGGGGCAGCAGAGGUGCUGUACUCAGCUGUAGGAGAAUGGGCCCAGCUGGACAAGGACAGCACUGUGCUGGACGUAUGCUGCGGAACAGGAACCAUUGGCAUCUCCCUGGCUAAGAGGGUGAGGAAGGUGAUUGGGAUAGAGAUGUGUCAGGAAGCAGUGAAGGAUGCCAAAGUCAACGCGAAGAUCAAUGGGCUGAGUAAUAUUGAGUUCCACUGCGGAAAGGCUGAAGAUGUGUUCCAGAUGGUGCUCAACGCUGUCGUAUCCCCCAGCAUCACAGCCAUCGUGGACCCACCGAGAGCGGGCUUACAUUCAAAGGUCAUUCUGGCAAUCAGAAGAGCGGAGCAUCUGAAAAGGCUGGUUUAUGUGGCAUGCAAUGCCAAGGCAGCCAUGAACAACUUCAUAGAUUUGUGCAGGGCUCCCUCCAACCGUGUACGUGGAGCUCCGUUCCGUCCGGUGCGGGCAAUGGCUGUGGACCUCUUCCCCCAGACCAUGCACUGUGAGAUGCUGCUGCUCUUUGAGAGAGUGGAUUACAGCUCCAAGAGCAGCAGUGAGAAACCUGAAGAAAUGACCCAGGGCACUAGCGAGAAGCCAGAAGAGACAACCACCACAACUUAAUAGCACAACCUUUGACCCUGUGCAGUCUCACUAUCUGUUCAUUAAGUUCAAUUGUUUUCUAUACGUUAAUAUGUAAUCAACGUUAUAUGGAUUCUGUAGUUCUUAUACUGUACCAUUAGGGGCAGGAUAACACUGCAUUGUUUAUUUUUUUAUUUUAAUUUUAAAUACUGCCUUGCUGUGUAAUAUUGUUUUACAACUUAAAAAUAAAAAGAUCCCUUGUUGAUGACUAAUACAAGCAGGGGUCAUUUCAAAGCAGGAGCCAGCCAUGACAACUUUAUUUGCAUAAAUGAAUUUCACUGAAAGUCAGCUAUCCCAAGUCGCAGUUACAUACUUCAUUUUCUAGGCAGCAAUAUCUAGCAAAUAACUUCAAGUGUAAAAAGCAUUUUCACACACACUUGGUAAGACAGAACACACAGGGGGAAGCACAUUGGUAAAGCAAUCUACUCUAACACAGCAGCCUUGUUCCCAUAUACCAGGGGUGUCAAACUCAUUCCACGGAGGGCCUAGUGUCUGCAGGUUUUUGGUUUUUCCUUUCAAUAAAGCCCUAGACAACCAGGUGUGGGGAGUUCCUAACUAAUUAGUGAUGUUAAUUCAUCAAUCAAGUAUAAGGGAGGAGCGAAAACCCGCAGACACUCGGCCCCCCGUGGAAUGAGUUUGACACCUGUGCCAUAUACGAUGAAGUGUUAAGGUGCAGUCGACAUUCAGGAAAAGCCACACCAACGAAAAUACUUCACACAAUGAAUGCACAGCAAUUUAUAUUUUGUUCUAGCAGGUAUUGCAUCUUUUUUUCCCCUUUCAUGUACUAUGUGCAGCAACCUACAGUAUUCUAUAAAAAUGCAUAAGACUAAGCUUUGGUUCACACUGCUCCUUUAGCUAUCAGAUGUAAUAAUGACAUGAUCGUAUUUUGUUGAGGUAAAGUGUACCAACUUCAUUUCUGUAGAUUACCUUUUGAGGAGAGGAUUGCAGUUCCACAUAUCAAUGCUUGAAAAUGUGAUUGAUCAGUUGUCACAAUGAUUGCAAACAAACGUAUUUAAAAUCCAUAUAUACUAAAGGAAAUUCUUUCAAAAUAUGAAUAUUACUGUCUUGUCAUAUUAUUACAAACACUAAUAGGCUAAACAAUAAAUGCUGUAUCAAGUAA